CAGAUUGCUGGUUCUUCAGAUUUUAUCCAUCUAAUUGAACCAUGGCUUGCAAGUGGUGUCACAGUCAACUGUUUCCUUCGGAUGAUCCCGAAAAACUGAACGAUGAAAACCCGAACUUUGGAAUGUAUUGUCCCAAAGAAGAGAAGGACGCGUGUGGUGUUGGAUUUGCUGUGGAUAUCAAUGGAGAGCCGCAUCGCCAUAUUGUGGACUCGGCUAGGACGAUUCUGGAAAGAAUGGAACAUCGAGGAGGAGUGGGAUGUGACAACGAAACAGGAGACGGAGCUGGAAUUCUGGUGUCUAUUCCGCAUCACUUCUACAAAUACUUGCUCAUGCAGGAGUACAAAGUGGUUCUACCAGAAGCAGGAAGGUAUGCCACCGGAAUCAUUUUCCUAGACAGACUCGAGAGGUCCAGGAAUCAAUGCAUGAACCACUUCAAAGAACUCAUAGCUGAAUGUGAUUUAAACAUACUUCACAUCAGACAAAUGCCGACAAACAACUCAUGUUUGGGGAAUACUGCACGAUCUGCUGAGCCGCAUAUUAUUCAGGUGUUCCUAACUGCCCAGGAUCCGACCGAUGAUUUCGAGAAGAAUGUGUACCUACUGAGGAAGCAGGCAACGCAUCAAGUUCCGGGUCCGCACAACUUGCGAUUCUACAUUUGCAGUUUGUCUACUUCAACAAUCACUUACAAGGGUUUGUUCACGUCUUUCCAACUGUUUCAGUAUUAUCCAGACCUGAUGAGUCCAAAUUUCAAGUCCAAACUGGCACUGGUUCACAGUCGCUUUUCAACUAAUACCUUCCCUUGCUGGGAACGAGCUCAUCCCCAACGUAUGCUUUGUCACAAUGGAGAAAUAAACACACUUCGGGGAAACGUGAACAGGAUGAGAUCACGUGAAGGAGUAAUGUUCAGUAAAAAGUACGGAAUGUCUCUUCAGAAACUGUUCCCAGUUGUCGAGGCUGAUGUCAGUGACUCGGGUGCAUUUGACAAUGUGAUGGAGUUUAUCCACAACACGAGUGACAGGACUCUGUAUGAGUCUAUUUUAAUGAUGGUACCCGAGGCCUGGGAGCAGGAUCCGAAUAUGGAUCAGAAGCGAAAAGACUACUACCGGUUCAAUUCCUAUGUAAUGGAACCCUGGGAUGGACCUGCCUUGCUUGCCUUCUCGGAUGGACGAUACAUAGGAGCUGUGUUGGAUAGAAAUGGCCUAAGACCUUCGCGUUUCGUUCAAACUACAGACGGCUUCUUGUAUAUGUCAAGUGAAACUGGCGUUGUAGAUAUAGCGCCAGAGAAGGUGGUACUGAAAGGGCGCCUGAAGCCUGGACGGUUGCUUCUUGUCGAUACAGUCAAAAAGAAGUUCUUUGAGGACAGCAGCCAGAAAGCUGAAAUCAAGGAUGAAGUGAGUAACAGAUUCCCGUAUGGAGAGUGGUGUCGACAUGAAAUUCACAUCAACGACAUUCCGCUUCCUGCUGCCGAAGUUAAUGGCCAUGCUAGUCACAUGAUGAACGGACAUUCACGACCGAUAGGGCUAAGUGACAGACGAUUGAUAAGUUUCGGAUACACAAAUGAGAUCAUCAACUUGAUCUUGGCACCGAUGGUCGCUAAUAAGAAAGAAGCACUGGGAUCCAUGGGAAAUGACGCGCCUCUUGCAUGUCUGUCCAAGUUCAAUCCUCCUAUCUAUGAAUACUUCAAACAGCAAUUUGCACAGGUUACGAACCCUCCAAUUGACCCAUUCCGUGAAAAAAUCGUGAUGUCAGCCAGAUGUCCCAUUGGACCAAUGCAGAAUCUUUUAGAACCUUCCGAGGAAUGGAGCAAGAGAAUCGUUUUAGACCAACCAAUUCUGACUGCAAGAGAAGUUGAAGGAAUUAAAGCCCUGACUAAAAAUGAUUACAAAACGGCGACAAUCUCAAUCGUCGUUGAAGCUAAUGAGUAUAUGCUGAAAAGAGAGUUGGAUCGAAUUUGUGCGGAGGCUGCAAAAUUGGUACAAAGUGGUGCGACAUUCUUAAUUUUAAGUGACGAAGGAGUUGGCAAGGAAAAAGUGCCUAUUAGUAGUCUUCUAGCACUAGGAGCGAUUCAUCAACAUCUGAUUCAGAAGAAGCUCAGGUCGAAAACUAGUCUGAUAGUGAAAACUGGAGAAGCGAGAGAAAUGCAUCAUUUCUGUGUCCUGAUUGGAUACGGAGCCGAUGCAGUUUGUCCUUACGUCAUCUUCGAAACUAUGAAUAGAAUCAAAGCUGCGAUCGAUCCGAACCUUACUUCGGAAGAUAUCGAGAAGAAUUUCAAAUACGCUUGCGUUGUCGGGAUCAACAAAGUCAUGGCAAAAAUGGGAAUCAGUACCCUUCAAAGCUAUAAAGGAGCCCAGAUUUUUGAGCCUUUGGGUCUUUCUGAAGAAGUGGUGAAAAAGUGCUUCACUGGGUCUCCAACGCGUCUUGGAGGCUGUGGGUUUAAAGAUUUAGCCAACGAGGCUCUCAGUCGCCACAGCAUUGCAUACAAUCAGUUUGGUCAAUUCGGAGUUGUAAACAACAUCGCAAACAACCCUGGAGUCUAUCACUGGCGUAAAGGUGGCGAGAAACAUCUUAACGAACCAGAGGCAGUAGCAGCGUUGCAAGAGGCUGCAAAAUUAAAUUCCAGAGCUGCCUACAAAAAGUACAGCGAAAUCACUCAGGAAAUGAAUCGUUAUUGCACAAUCAGAGGCCAGUUUUGUCUAGUUCAGCCUAUCCACGGACAGAUUUCAAUUGACGAAGUGGAGCCGGCUGUAAACAUAGUUAAACGAUUCGCAACUGGAGCUAUGAGCCUUGGUAGCAUCUCAGACGAGGCUCACAAAACAUUGGCAGUUGCAAUGAACCGAGUGGGUGGAAAGUCGAAUUCAGGCGAGGGAGGCGAGAUCGAAGUUCGCUUCAUGGAUAACGUGGACUCCUACAAAUCGACCCGAUCUGCAAUCAAGCAGGUGGCCUCGGCUCGGUUUGGCGUCACUUCGGCUUAUCUGAGUCACGCGGAUGACUUGCAAAUCAAAAUGGCACAAGGUGCAAAACCAGGCGAAGGCGGUGAGCUGCCGUACUAUAAAGUGACAGAGGAUAUUGCGGAAGCAAGACACGCAAUUCCAUAUGUGGGGUUGAUUAGUCCCCCACCGCAUCACGACAUCUAUUCGAUUGAAGACCUCGCUCAGUUGAUUUACGAUCUGAAAUGUGCGAAUCCGUAUGCAAGAGUGAGUGUCAAAUUGGUGUCGGAGUUGGGCGUUGGAAUCGUCGCAGCUGGAGUAGCGAAAGGCAAAGCAGACUUGAUUACGAUUUCUGGACAUGACGGAGGAACUGGGGCAAGCAGUUGGACGGGAAUCAAACAUGCUGGGCUACCCUGGGAAAUGGGACUCUCGGAAGCCCAUCAGGUGUUAGUCAGGAACGGACUCAGGUCAAGAGUGCGAGUACAGGCUGAUGGACAAAUCAGAUCAGGGCUUGAUGUCGUAAUUGCUGGAAUCCUAGGAGCCGAUGAGUUUGGAUUCUCGACUGCACCUCUGAUUACUCUAGGAUGCAUCAUGAUGAGAAAGUGUCAUCUUAACACAUGUCCUGUAGGAAUUGCCACCCAAGAUCCGGAGCUGAGAAAAAAGUUUGCCGGAGAACCAGAGCAUUUGUUGAACUAUCUUUUCCUGUUGGCCGAGGAAAUACGACAAAUUAUGAGCACGCUGGGUGUGAAAAAGUUUGAUGACCUGAUUGGUCAAACGAAGUUUCUUGGAAUCAAGCAGCCGUUAACCGAUAAAGCCAGAACCCUGGACUAUCACAGUAUCUUGCAUCGAGCGUCUGAUGACCAAACUGAGAUGGUAGGUGGGUGUGUAAAGCAAGAGUUCAAUCUAGAAAAUCGUCUGGAUUACCAGAUCUACAAGCAAGUGCUUCCAGUCAUCGAAGGUCAUCAGAAUCGAAUGGAGGUUCAAUACGAAAUCAAAAAUGUUGACAGGGCCUUUGGAGCCUCAUUGAGUUACUUCAUUUCUAGAAAGUACGGGGAGGCUGGUUUACCGGAGCAUUUUGGAGUUGAUAUUAAACUGAAAGGAUCAGCUGGUCAAGCUUUUGGUUCCUUCUUGGCAAAAGGGGUGCACCUUGAGCUGGAAGGCGAUUCCAAUGACUACGUGGGUAAAGGACUCUCGGGUGGUGAGAUUGUAAUAUUCCCUCCAAAGGAAAGUAUAUUCAAAUCGGACGGAUCAAUCAUCGUGGGAAACGUUUGCUUAUAUGGGGCAACUGAUGGGAAAGCUUUCUUCAGAGGACAAGCCUGUGAGCGGUUUUGUGUCAGAAACUCAGGAGCAAUCGCUGUUUGCGAGGGCUGUGGAGAUCACGGGUGUGAAUACAUGACUGGCGGUAUAGCAAUCAUAUUAGGAAGACCUGGGCGUAAUUUCGCUGCUGGAAUGUCAGGAGGAUUUGCUUUCGUAUAUGACGAGGAUCGUGUCUUUUCUUCUUUGUGCAACACGGAGACAGUCGAUUUGGAGGCACUCAACUUAAACGAAGAUCUCGAUCUGGUUCAUGGUCUAUUGAAGGAGUUCAAAGAAAAGACUGGAUCGGUGGUGGCUUCUGAGAUCUUAGCGUCGUGGCCCGAAUCCUGCAAAGACUUCCACAAAGUUUUCCCAAAAGAGUACAAACGUGCGCUCCGAGAUAUCGAAAUAAAGAGACAACAGGAGGCUGAAAAAGUUCUUGAAGUGAAGUCGGGAAAUGGCGACGUUAAAACAUCUCCGAGCAAGGAGAAAUCCUCUUUAGAUAUUGAAGACAUCAUUCAAAAUCCUAAAUUAGCUAAGAAGCUAAACAAAACUAAAGGUUUCAUGUUGUACAAAAGAGUGGACAAGAAUUACCGAGACGUGAAAGAUAGAAUGAAAGACUUCGGAGAGAUUCAGGAUCACAAGUUUGUGAAAGAUACUAUCAAGUAUCAAGCAGCGAGAUGCAUGGACUGCGGAGUCCCAUUUUGUCAGUCCGAGAGCGGAUGUCCCCUGGGUAACAUCAUUCCGACUUGGAACAACCUGGUCUUCCAAGGCAACUGGAAAGAAGCUUAUCUGCAGUUAGCACAAACCAACAACUUCCCAGAAUUCACUGGGCGUGUCUGCCCUGCUCCCUGCGAAGGUGCAUGUGUGCUUGGAAUCAAUGCUCCUCCAGUUAACAUCAAAAACAUUGAGAAUACAAUAAUUGAGACUGCUUUUGAAAAAGGCUUCGUCAAACCUCAGCAGAUCCCAUUCCGAACUGGACACAGAGUUGCCAUCAUCGGCAGUGGCCCAGCAGGUCUGGCAGCUGCCGCCCAGUUGAACAGCGCUGGUCACUGGGUGUUCGUUUUCGAACGCAAUGACAAAGCGGGCGGACUUUUAAGAUACGGGAUCCCAAAUAUGAAACUGGACAAGAAAAUUCUCGACAGAAGAAUUGAUCUGAUGAAAGACGAAGGUAUUACGUUUAUAACCAGCACAGAAAUCGGUAAAGAUGUCCCAGCGAAGAGUUUGAUGAAUGAUUACGAUGCUGUGCUUCUAACAGUAGGAGCAACUUGGCCACGAGGUCUUAACAUCCCAGGUAGCAAUGCUAAUGGGAUCCAUUUCGCAAUGAGUUUCCUGGAAACGUGGCAGAAACACCAGGGCAAAGGAAAGGACGAUAUUCUAAAGUUACUGGCUGCAAACAAAGACGUCAUCAUCAUCGGUGGCGGGGAUACUGGAAAUGAUUGUAUUGGAACCUCGCUAAGGCAAGGGGCCAAGUCUAUCACAAAUUUCGAAAUCUUACCGGAAUCACCCGAAUCCAGAGCAGACGAUAAUCCCUGGCCGCAAUGGCCGAGAAUAUUCCGAACUGAUUACGGUCAUGCUGAGGUCAAAGCUAAGUUCAAAAACGACCCGAGGCAAUAUUGCAUUUUGAGCAAAAACUUCACUGCUGAUGAAAAUAACAACCUGACUGGAGUUGAUACGGUGAAAGUGAAGUGGACGAAGGAUAACAGUGGAAGAUUUACCAUGAGCGAGAUUCCGGGAAGUGAAGCUCACUUCAAAGCAGACAUGGUGCUCCUCGCGAUGGGGUUCCUGGGUCCGGAGAAGACGAUAGCCUCUGAACUGAAACUCAAUUUGGACAACAGAGGCAAUGUCAAGUGCGGAGGCGACGGACCUAAGAAGUACACAACGUCUAUCAACCGAGUGUUCGCGGCCGGAGAUUGCAGACGAGGCCAGAGUCUGGUUGUGUGGGCUAUCAAUGAAGGUCGUCAAGCUGCAAGGGAGAUUGACAUUUUCCUAAUGGGAAAAACCACACUGCCGGUGACUGGAGGAAUCUCAAUGUGAUUGACAAAACUGUUCAAAAGACAUUUAGCAAGCUUUAAAAUAUAUAAAAAUGAUCAACGGUAACUGAAAUAUUUGAUAAUGCCUCUUUUUUGGCUGCUUUCACUUCCAACCAAGUCUCUGCAACAUUUUGAAUCCUUUGCAAUGCUCAUAUGCUGUUAAUUUGAGUUGUUCGUACGGUAACUUUGUAUCUGAAGCUAGAUUACGGUAAUUUGUAUCUGAAGCUAGAUUAGCUGUAUAUAUCUUCUGUCUUUGUAGCACUGUUGAACAUCUUAGAUCUCACUCGCAGUUUUCAAUCGCAAUCUGAAUUCGUGUUUUGAUUUGUAAUCAUCAUCAAUCACGCGAAAAUCAACUUUUCCAUCAUGAAGUGACCUCAGAUGCCGCCACUUUAGAUAGAUACUUCCAAGCUAGUUUAAUGUCCAUAGUGCCGAUAUUCUUUGUAGAGUACACUCUUUCUUGACGUUGACGUUUAUUCCCCGAUAUAGCUUUUCUUUUAAAAUUAACUAAGUGCUAAAUAUGAUGCAGAUUUCAAAUAUGAAUUGCCAAUAACCAAAUAGCUAUUACUAUUCAAGUUAAAUAUUUAACUUAUAUUGUGUCCUAUAUUGCUGUAAAUGGAUAAGUUGAAAAAAAUUAAGUCGAGCAAAAUGUGAUUUUCAAAAAUUUUUCGAAAAUUUUGCCGAACUUUUUUUAGGUCGACCAAAUUGAUUUUCAGAAGAAAAGCUCCCAGAACACUAUAAAGACCCAAUUUUGACCAAGGUAAUUUUUUGUUCUUUUUAAAGUCCAAUUGUUUUUCCGAUUACUAAAUGGAUGUUAACGCGAUAAUGUGCGAUGCUCUUAUUUUAAAAUGACUCAAUCUGUGAAAAGAAAAGCACUCAAUGGCCCUGUUUUUGUUUCAUUUUGGCUUUUCUUAUCCAUGGAGUAUGAUUGAUUCAGGAUUUUCUGUAGUAACCACAAGGUUUCUUGUUCAUUAACGCUUUAAACUAUCGUUUGGUUGCGUUGACUUGAUCCAAACAAAAUUCAAACGCAUGGCUUUGACAGUCGAACAGUAUUCUUUUAAAUAGAUGUUCCAAAGUUUAUGAUGCUAUCUAUUAAUUAACAUUAUAAAUUUAAUUUGCCGAAAUAUUUCAUUGAUAAUCAAUUGUAGCUCUGAUAUAAUAAAAGGUUCUUUGUAUGCCA